CUAUAAAUACUCGUGAACUAAAACACAAAUUGAUUUAAUAGCGUACACCAAUUUCAAUUAACUACCUCCCUUUACUGCAGGUAUUCGUCGUUUGAAUGUAGCCUGAAAAUGUUUUUCUGCGUGGAACUUCUGCAUAAAGUUUCAAUGCAACAUGGAACGGGUGUCUCAUUACCGUGUGUACACAUUGAUCGCACUGCCGAAGCUAAUGUAAUUGAACAAAUCAGCUAAACACAGUCUACACCGUAUUAUUUUCUUGAGAAGAUUAAACAAAUGUUACUCGACGCGAUACGCUUAAAAAUGGAACUAUAAUGCUUGCUUAUUAAGCGCAAUGCAAGGACAAGCUUCAUCGACGUUCUCUCCACCGUUAAGAAGAAAAGAAAGUGUUUCUUGACCGCUGUGAAGCCUCUGCGAACGUGUUCAAUAAUUUUAUCGAUAGCAAAUGCCGCGAUACAGCGGACGAAACGGUUCUACGAUAAAUGUAGCAUUUUCGAACAUUACGCGCCGUGUGAAUCACUCGAAGACCAACAUGGCGGAUAACGUGACGCUCUCGGAGACGCUAACCUUUAUCGAUACCGGGAGUGCUUCGCGAAUGGUCUGAGAACGAGGAAGAUCGAGAGAAACAAUGAUGCCGAUCGCUUAUUAUUUUUGCCAUUGUGUUUCAUUCGCUCGGGAGAGGAAUCAUUUUAAAUGAUUUCAACUCGUCGGAGUAUUGUUCGGUCGGAGUGUUCGCGGAGAAGAAGGAAUGAUCGACGCGUUCAACCUGUUGAUACUUGGGAAGAGAGCGAAUCAACAAUAGCGAUCGUUUAUCGUCGAAUUGCACGGAGAGCAAGAGGCGCGAUAUAACGGGUGGCGCCAGGAUGACGUCCCUCGAUUACAACGUGUCCGGUAACGGAGUGCCGUCGAUCGACUACCUGUCCAACCUCGAUACGAAUCAACCGUUCGUUAACGGACCGUCGCAGCUGUCAACGAUAAGCUCGAUAAUUGCGAAUGUUACGGUGACGACGCGUGCGAGGCCCAAUCACCGCAAUUUACUGGAAACUUUAAUUAUUCCGUUAUACGGAACGAUAUUUCUGCUUUCGGUGGUCGGGAAUUCAUUGGUGUUGAUCACGCUCGCACGGAACAAGAGAAUGAGGACGGUCACCAACGUGUAUCUGUUGAAUCUGGCAGUUUCCGAUUUGCUGCUCGGUGUCUUCUGCAUGCCCUUCACCUUACUUGGCCAGAUUCUGAAGAAUUUCGUCUUCGGGAUCACGCUGUGCAAACUAAUAUCGUACUUCCAGGCUGUGUCUGUGUCUGUGGGGGUCUGGACCCUCGUCGCAAUUUCAUUGGAGCGAUACUUCGCUAUUUGCAGACCGCUGAAAUCGAGGAGCUGGCAGACCGAGUUCCACGCUUACAAAAUGAUCGCCGUCGUAUGGACAGCGAGUCUAACAUGGACCGCGCCCAUUUUGAUUUUCUCUCAACUCCAAAGUUUAAGCGGCGGAAGACACAAGUGUCGAGAAGAGUGGCCUAACGUGGAGACCGAGAGAGUGUACAACAUAUUUUUGGACGCAACUUUGCUCCUAAUCCCCUUGAUUGUAAUGUGCCUGGCGUAUUCGUUAAUUGCGGCAGAACUUUGGCGCGGAUUACGCCAGGAAAUACGGCAAACGUCCGGUUGUCAACGACGCCUCGAGAGGACGGAAUUCAGUGGAACGGUGCGGGAUUCAUCGUACGACAAGGGUGAUGGAGGAUCCAACACGAUGGUUGUUCUGAAUGAUUGCGGCGGCUCCUCGAGAUUCAGGCGGGGAUUUUCCACUUCGCAUGGAUACUUCCAAGACACACCUCACAAGAUGCCAUCCAGGGUACGCUUUCCGGAAUCGAGGAUUUCCAGGACGUUAUCUGGCAAAUGUCCAGCCACGGAAUAUCCCCCCGAAUCGAGGAUACAAAUCCGGAGCAACGGAAACAGUUACAUAACGAGAGACACGUCGGACACCGCGAACGAUGAACAACAGGACUCGAAUUCUUCGUUCGAUCAGCGACACGCGAUACGCAGUAAUUACGUGGGCAAGAGCAUCGAAGCUAAAAAGAAGGUAAUCAGAAUGCUGUUCGUAAUUGUGUUGGAGUUCUUCAUUUGCUGGGCACCGCUGCACGUGAUCAAUACCUGGCAUCUUUUCGCCCCAGAAUUGGUAUAUUCUGUGGUCGGGAGUACCGGCAUUAGCUUGGUACACUUACUCGCCUAUGUUUCCAGUUGCUGCAAUCCCAUCACUUACUGUUUCAUGAACAGAAAGUUCCGCCAAGCGUUCCUGGGCCUUUUCAACUGUCACCGGUGCUGGAGAGUGGGAUGCAGAAACAGCGAUGUAGCCAUGACGUCAACAAAGAACGCGAUACAAGUUGGGAACAACAGCGAACUAAGUGGAAACGAAUCGACGAUUUAUCUCGCGAAAACUUCGCUCGUCGCUAAAUCUGAGGUAGUAAGACUCUUGGAGGAGGAAGAUCAUGUCUAGUACAAGCAGAACGCGUCGUGCAACGAGAAUCUCAGAUCGAACGUAAUGUUAUUGCAAAGCGGUGACGAACAGGACGACUUUUUCUUAAAAAUAUCAUGGCGCUCGUCCAAGAGCGGGACUGGGAACGAUCAAGGGCCUCGAUCGUCGGGAUCAAGCCGCCAUUUUCUGUACGACUGAUGCCAAGGAAAUCCUAUUAAGGACUUUCACUUGUAACGGAACUGGAAAUCUGGAAUCGCGUCUCGAGGGAUGUACUUUUAAACUUUUCACGAACACAUCUUGAGAUCGAAUGUUUCUUAUUACUCAAGAGUUCGUCGAUAAAGUAAAUGGAGGACAAAAACAUAAACAAAGUGGUGUUCGCGCGCUGAAAGUAUUGGACUUGUUUAAUUUGAAAGUGGCGUGAGUCGAUUUCUUUUAAAGUUUAGGAAAAGAAUGAUGUGAAGUGUAAUAUGAAGUUUUAUAAUUUAUAAUUGAUUUGUAAUUUUAAAUGAUCCGUUCGUGUUGGUCGAUUGAUAUUUCGUUGUCGUUCGAUGGGAACGCAAUUUAAAAUCUGAAAUCAAAAGGAAUGGAUUUGUACUACUUUUAAAGUAAACGAACCAAUUAUAGGAAACAUUGUUGUAAUUGGUGACUGUAUAAUUUCGCAUUAUGAAUUUUGUAUGAAAUUUAGACUGAUAUUCAACGUGAACGAGAAUAGUGAUGUAAAUAUUGUCCCCUGUAAUUUAUUAAUUAAUUUAACUAGAAAUUUGUGACGCAGGAGUUACAUGAGUGACCGGUGGUCAAUAUAUUGAAAGAAAUAUAUUGACACAAAUAUUGAAUUACUACAGUGAAGCCUCUCAUGUUCCAACUGAUAGGAAGUUGUGGGCAAGUGUUCGAUGAAUAAAUUUUCGAAGAUAUAGUAUAAUUACUUCUUCUUUGAUAAAUGUAGUUUGUUUAAUUAUUUAUUGAUAACAUAUUUAUUGGUUUUUAAAUCACAUCAAUUUGGAAAUGAUUAAACAUAUUAAUUGCACAUUUGAUAGAUUUAAUUAUCUCUUCAGAAAUAAUCAAUAUCGUUUCAAACGAAAAUACUGAUUUCAUUCAAGUUGCAUCGGUUCUAUGGAAGGCUCCCCUGUAUAUAACCUUUAUUUUUCUAAUUAUUCGAUUAGCCGCUAGCACGUAACGCGAUUGACACUUGUAUAUAGACACGUACAGCAUCAUUAUCAUUUUGUAUCGCGAAAUGAGAAUCAAGAUUGU